UCUCUCUCUCUCUCUCUCUCUCUCACACACUCUCUCUCUUCUCAUCUCUACGACUUUACUGUAUUACUCUCUUUUUUUUGUGUUAGACACUUGCAGUAGAAUGAAUUCGUAGUUUUAAUUCAGACCACGUGAUUCUUUAUGUGUUAAAAGUUUCAGCAUUAUCGCUUCAAACGUUCUAGAAUAUUAGAUUCAAAAUCAUAAAUUUGAAAUUUCAAUUGUGUAUAUGUUUAUAAAGGAUUAUCUAUGGCAGAUCAUGAUAAUAUUUACGACGAUGAGGAAUUGGUGUCAACAAAUCCAAAUCAAAGAAAUUGGCGAGGUAUACUUAUCGCCCUAUUAGUAAUUAUAGCAGUUCUUGCUCUUAUUGUUACAUCCGUUGCACUACUUACACCACCUGAUGAAGGCCCUCGAAUUAGAGGUACCCGUGUAAAGCUUUCUGAAGUUCUUUAUGGUGAACUUUCUCCUCUUUUAUUUAAUGGUACUUGGGUAAGCAAUCGACACAUUUGCUAUCGUGAUACUUGGGGCGGAAUAUCUUUGUUAGAUGCAGCUAAUACAUCAUCACAAAGCUUGAUGCCUAACGAAACAUUUAGAAGAUUGGCUCCGGCAAAAUUUUCUUUAUCUCCAGACAGGAAAUAUCUUCUGCUUGCUCAAAAUGUUAAAAAAUUAUUUAGAUAUUCUUAUUUAGCACAGUAUAUAGUUUACGACUUAAGCACAAGAGAAACUAUUCAACUUACACCACAUCCAGAGAAAGAAACUCAUCCGUACCUCUUACUAGCACAAUGGACUCCCCGGGGUCACGGUCUCAUUAUGAUCCAGGAUUACGACAUUUAUUAUAGAACUGGACCUCUAAGUAAUAUAGGCUACCGUGUUACUAAUACAUCAAUACCGGGAAUUCUCUCCAAUGGUUUGCCGGAUUGGCUUUAUGAGGAAGAAAUUUUGCAUAGCGCUGAAGCGAUCUGGAUGUCCAAAGAUUCCCACAUGCUACUUUAUGCAAGCUUCGAUGAUUCAUUGGUUAAAGAAAUGCGAUCAUCAUGGUAUGGAGAUAGUAAAUCGUUAUAUCCAGACAUCAGAUCAUUACGUUAUCCAAAGCCAGACACACCAAACCCCACGGUAACACUGUAUAUAGCAGACUUAGCUGAUCCCAGGAAUAUACACACAAAAGAAGUGAAGCCGCCACCUAUCAUUGAGCAUAUUUGCUGUAGAUAAACAGUCUCUGUGAUG